AUGGCGGGUGUCCUUACUGAGAACUUGGUGCUUCAAAAGACCAAGGUUGAUAACAUUCAACGUGUGCGCAAGUUGAAUGUAUGCGCAGCACAACUGACGGAUAUUGGCGUUUUGCGCCGUGCGUCUAAUCUCGAGGUGCUUUCCCUUAGCCUUAAUGAGCUUAGUGACCUUGGAGUACUGGAGAAUUGCCGCCGACUCAGCGAGUUGUAUCUGCGCAAGAAUCGCAUAGAAGACCUUAACCAGGUUCUACACCUCAGCGACAUCCAACACCUUUCCAUACUCAAUCUCGCCGAUAAUCCUAUUUGUCAAGAUCCGAACUACAGACGUUUUGUUAUUGCCGCCGUUGCGAGUCUUAAACGACUUGAUGAUAUUGAUAUUCUCCCACAAGAGCGUGAAGAAGCAUUCAGGGUAUUUCCAAAUCUGCGUGCUAUUGCCCCACCACCAUCUCUUUAUUGUGAUCCCGCUAAAGGGAAAAUGCGCCCUGGCGCAGUUCCGGUGAAUAGCCACGCCCCCCAGCAGCAACAACAACAACAACAAUACAUGCAGCCAAGACACGGUCAAGUUCACCCAAUUCCGAGACAGAGAACGGAGGGAAGUGGUGAGUUUUCACUUGAGCGCGGUGCACGUGGUAUGGGCGGUAGUGGACGGAGUCCAUCCCGUAGUCCUAUGAAGGGACAUUAUGUAAAGAGAAGAUCAGCAAACUUAGAAUCAUCACGACAGGCAUACUUUGAUUCACCCCAGCGGUAUCAUCAGCCGCACAAUGCGCAACAAGCAAGACGUUCGUUCCCGGGAAAUGGUGGGAUGAUGAAUUUCGGGCAUGGAGGAUCAGCUCUGCAGAUUGGUCCAACAGAGACAGGUGUUGUGCAGGCAGUGAAGGUUCUACUCUCAGAGUUGAGCGCUGAGUCAUUAGAUGAAGUACGCCGCUUCAUGGACGCCCUGCGUUAA